CAUAACAGUGCUGUAAAACCAUAUGGCGCGGUUGUUUUGAUUAUUUGUGAGCACAACGUUUGUUUUUAGUGUUUUAAAAUAAAUUAAGCCCACACAGGAGCUUAUUAUGAACCAUCAACUUGUGCGGGUUUGUGAGCCCUCGCAACCAGAAGCAAUUGAAAGAAGACCAUCCGUGUCCCAUGAAAACCGUGAAAUAUUUAAUAAAUCCUGCUGGGACAUCUCACAAAGUGGCACAAACAAGAUCCUGACGGGCAACAAAGCCCUGGACACUCAUUUCGGAGGUGGAAUAUCCUUGGGUCACCUCGUCGAACUGAUCGGCAAUUCAGGCACGGGAAAAACGCAAAUGUGCUUGCAACUUUGCCUAAAUGUACAAAUUCCCAAGGCAGCUGGCGGAUUGGAAGGCAGCGCAUUAUUUAUAGACACCAAUCAGGAUUUCCAUCCCGACAGAUUACAGGAACUAGCUUUGAAACUGCAAAGACAGUAUGCUCAUAAAGUUCCAGAAUUUACGGCUCACAAAAUGCUGCAGAAAGUCUACCAUGUGAAGUGCCACAAACUGCAUCAACUGAUGGCCACAGUUCUCAGUUGCCACAGACAUCUUGCCGAACAUCCAUAUAUUAAGCUGAUUGUAAUCGACUCCCUGGCUUUUACCCUGCGAAUGCUUGAGGAUGGCGCCCAGCGUUACGAGAUGCUUCUGGAACUGCACGAAAGCAUGCGGAGAUUACAAUGUCAACACGAAUUGGUCUGGGUCUUCACCAAUGUGCUCACGCAUCGCUACGUCAGGAAAAAGUUCCAAGUGGAGCCCGCCUUGGGGGAUCUGCAUUCGCACUUGAUCAACGAGCGCAUCUGGUUUGCGAGCAGCUCUGAGCUUCACCUGGGCAAGUCGUGGAGGACGAGUAGAUUAAUUAAGGAGCCUGAAUGAGGCUAACUUUUACUUUUGUAUCGAUUUAAAACAUUAAGUAGAAAUAGGUCCUUAAGGUUUCUAUAUAA